UUUACUGUUUGAUUCCUGUUUUAUAGAACUAUAAAUGGGUUUGCCCCAAAAUGGAUUCUCAGUUGGCUUCAGUCCUGACCAGUGGCAGCCUGGAUGUCCAAAAUGGCAACCAGUGUGCAGAGGGAUCAGGGCCAGUGACAGAGGUUUUUUUGGACCCAAAGGAAAAAACCUCACCCAGUACUGUACCAGGUAACCUCCAGCGCUGCCCUGUUAAAGCAGCAGUGACCAUCAGGCAAGCUGCCCUGUCAAUCAAUGGGAAACAGCCAGAGGUGGGCGGGACUUCUAAGCCAGCCUCUCAGGAAACAAGCAAGAUUGGUGGGUUCAGACAGCCAAUUACAGUGAAGACUGGAGUGCCUGUGUUGCGCAGCCGACCAAUCAGGCUCAAAAUUGUUGUUCCCCCGCGGUGCAAGAGGCCAGCCGCAAACUCUGCCAUCAGCCUGACCAAAGACUUUGCUCGCUCACAUUUUAGAAGAGCUGUUUCGGUCUCACCUGGAGCGGCGAUCACGGAAAAAAACAGAAGUAAAAUACAAACGUCCGCUGGUAAGAAUGAGGGAGAGAUCAAGGGAGUUACUCGUCAAAAGCCAGAGGACGCCAAACCAGAAUCAUUCCACGAGACGGAGGCAGAAAUGUGCAAAGAAAAAGAUGUUUUGGGUGGUAAAAUCCAGCCCGAUGCCUCAGAAACUCCUUUAAUCUCUGGCACUAAUACAGUGAAAAUACUGAGCAAGCAAAGCAUUAAAGAGGAAACCACAGAGAGACAAAUUGAUGACAAUAUUCCCGUAACUUUGCAGGAAGUGGACUUGAAGUCUUGUGAGAUGCUUGAUGGGGUGGGCAUGGAGGAGCAGACAGAGCCGCUGGACCUGAGUUUGCCCAAGAGAAGACAGAGUCGAGAGAGGAGGUGUGGACGCUUUCUGGACGAUUCUGGCUGUGAGAGCUCGCUGAUCAUGGAGGUGGACGAGUACGAGGGAGAGGGAGACAGAGACGUAGUGGAAGAGGACGACGAGGGCGACGAAGAGGACUCUGUGCUGCGUACGGGCGGCGCAGGCACUCUUGAAGACUCUCUCCUGUCUCCCUCUUUCUUCUCUUCCUCUGUCUUGACCUCCCUCUCCUCGAUAGACGGCGACCCUGAAAGCCUCCUUCUCAUAGACGACCAGGGAAUCCCGUACACUCUCAGUCCAGACGGACUUAAAGUGCCGCAAGUCGACGCUUCCAGGUCGGAGGACCCUCAGUCCGAUCAUGCUGAUUCAGCAGAGGUACAAGGAGGAGGCUCGCCACGAUUGGCUUCGUUAGCAGAGCCCAGCCUUAGCCAAAGUUUAGAUAAUGCACUAAAAGCACCUUCUGAUGAUCUUGACCCCUCGCCGGCCCCUGCGACUGACUCUCCAUCACUAGGUGUUGAUCAGACAAAGACUCCAGAAGUCUUCACGAGUUUGAACGCAAAGUCAGAUCCCUGUAAGGCGGCGGAGCCAAGUGUUAAAUCUGUUCAGGCUAACGCUGCUCCCUCCCCUUCAUCUGGGAUAUCAGUCCCCACCCAGCCCAUUCAGAUCCUCACGAACCCUUCCAGCAACACUCAGAUUCUGCUCCUGUCGUCCUCCUCCUCCUCUCCUCAGCUCUCCCCAGCUCCGAUGGGUCUCACGCUUCCCCUUUCAGUUACUCAGACCUCACCUGGUGCUUCCACCCCCAUGUUCCUUCUCCUUUCACCUGUGCCCUCUUCCUCAGGCGAGUCUGCCUCUACCUCCACCCCCAUCGCUGUCCUAGACCCCACGACUGGUCAGCUGUCCCAGAUCACAGCCACCUCAGCCCCGGUUUCCCUCCCUCUUCCCUCUGGACAGGUCAGCACCCUGGGGUCACCUCUGCCCACGCAGUCUCACCCCGUCAUCAGGCUGAGCCCCAAUAACCCUCCUGUCAUCCUGUCAGGAGCAAAUAACGUGAAGUCUGUUCUCACGGUGCGCUCGUCCUCUCCUGCUCUUCAGAACGACCGCCACGGCACGACCCCCCUCCUUCAUUCUCAGAUCAGCUCUUCAGAUUCAAACUCUGGAAGUGAAGCCAUAUCUGCUGAGGAAGUCUCAAAUGAAAACAAAAAGCCAUCAUCUUCUACAGCGUCCUCUCCGCACCCGCAGUCUGCUGGUUUGACCUACGACCCCUUAGGUCAGCCCAGCUCAGAGGCCCAGUCGCCAGCCUCAGAGCCCCAAUUUGACGCGUCCGACCUGCACUCACAACAUUUACCUCUGGACGACCAUCUUUACUUCUCCAACUCUGCUGCUCCUCCCUCCCCUCCCGCUCUCUCCUCUGGUAAACUCGAGCCCCUCGACCCACUGGAUCCUCUCUCCCCAGCGGCGCAGCCCAACGCCAUGGGCCCCCGCAGGGUGCUAUACUGCCAGCUGUGCCCGCGGGUCUUCUUUUACCUCUCCGACCUUGAGCGCCACGCCAUCACUCACUCGCAGAAGAAGCCUCACGUUUGCCAGCAGUGCGGCAAAGCCUUCAAGCGCUCCAGCCAUUUGCAGAGACACAAGCACAUCCACACAGGCCAGAGGAACUUCGUGUGCCCCAUCUGCGCCAAACGCUUCAGGGAGGCCGGCGAGCUCCAGCGCCACCAAAGGGUCCACACCGGAGAGAAACCCUACCAGUGCCAACUUUGCCACACGCGCUUUGCCGAGCGCAACACGCUUCGCCGACACACCAAACGCAAACACCCUUACCACCAAGUAGCCAUGGAAAUGCUGAGCGAGAGGAGAGGUGGCGGCCGAGGGGACGGGGGAGGAGGCGGCGGCGGAUCCGGCGUGCAGGAGGAAGAGGAGAGCGCUGAAUGGUACAGCUCCACUGUGUCUAAUUUGGAUAACUCAGAGUCUGAGGUGGAAACUUAAAGAGCAGACUCCAAAAGUGAAGGGAAGGAGGGGGAGCGUACGUAACUCUGGUUAGACACGAAACUUUCCUCAGUAAUUAACAUUCAUAAAAAGGGAGCUCUUGCAAUAUUUAUUAUGUUUUUAAGGUAAUUUAUUUAUCUGAAUGUAUGUUAUUCCCAUUCCAUUCAAUGGUCCAAAAAUACAGGCCUCAGAGUCGUGCGUGAUUUUGACAUCAGCUUUCCUGUUGAGAAAUACAGAAAUCUCGGUUUUUAAAAUAUUAAUUAGACGUGCUGACAUGAAGUUACAUUCCCAUACCAUCCAAGAUAAAAACCCUCAAGUGCUCAGAAAAGAAGGAUAACUUAUUUACUCUAAACUAUUCUCUACUCUAAUUGUAUAUAUGAAGAGAACUAUUUGUAAGAGCUGCACUUCUGCACUAUAUUAUGUGAAAGAUGUAAUCUAUCUUUCGUACCGUCAGAGACACUGUGAGUCAUUUGCACUUGUUUUAUUUGAACUCGAUAUUCGCUUUUUUAAAUCGCAGAGGAUAAUGCUUUCGCCUUUUGUUGCAGCUGUCGAUUUUAUGUAUUUAAUUCAUAUCAUGUAAGAGUUUGACCACAUGUUUUGAUUUAUUCUAACAUGAACACUAUAUUCAGAUUUUCUUUGUUUAAUGUGAAUUAUGUUAACUUAUUUGAAUUAAAUUUUG